CAGACACCUCAGUCAGCACCACCAGCACAAGUAAGUUGCUCGCACCCGUCCCCAAGGUCUCGCGAUGCGCGCAACGACCCAAAUGCUGUCGCGCAACUCGGCGCAUUGUGCUCGACGCGUGAGAGAGCCAUGUUGACGCUGACUCGUGCAGACGCGCAAUUCUUCCUCUGCGCCGUCGCGACCUCCAGCAAUCGCGCUGCACGUCAUCAGCACACGCGCAGCAGAGCGGUUCCAUAGUAGACUCGAUCGCUCAAUCACAACGCCAGCUCGUGUCGAGCUGCGCCGAGACAGCCACAGUUGUGCUGUCUAAUCAGCGCCACUGCAAGCAUCCGCGACUGAUCGCGUCCCAAGUGCAUUGAAUGAGCCGGACCAUAUACCCCUCGAUCCGCAGCGACACUAGCUACAACAUGCAGCAACCAGCCGCUCAGGAUCCCGGCAAGCCGACCAUCGAGAUGAGCUUAAGAGAACAUCUACUUGCUGCCGGUGCUGGACAGUCCAGUGCACCUGCGCCAAUCCAGCAACAGCCAGCCCCUAGCGUCGGUCCCCAGCAGCACAUCGACCCAGCUAUCGCCGGCUCGCAGCAGCAUUACAUGAGCCAAGCCGACCCCAGCGACGACGGUGAAGGGCGGAAGGGCCGUAGGGAGCUCUCUACCAGCAAGCGCGCUGCGCAAAAUCGAGCUGCCCAACGCGCGUUCCGUCAACGCAAAGAGGAAUAUAUCAAGCAGCUGAAAGAUCAGGUCAAGGAGUUCGAGCAGCUAUGCGAGCUGUACAAGAGCCUGCAGACGGAGAACUACCAGCUACGCGACUACAUCAUCAACCUGCAAUCGCGCCUCCUCGAGACACAGGGCGAAGUGCCCCCCGCACCCGCCGGCGUCGAUCUCUCCAACCGCCCGCACGGCGAAAUCCCCAGUCUCAACCCGAACCUCCAGCAGCAGCAACACCAGCAGCAGCCGGAGCAACAGCAGCCGCAACAACAAAGUCCCGGCUCCAGCAACAAUGGCGGGCUCUCGGAGCGCCAAAUAGGUGAACUGCAAAUGGCCGCGCAAGCCGCCGCAGCCGCGCAAAACGGCCCCAACAUAGGCAAGCACGCAGGGCAGUUCGACGCGGGCGACUACUCGAUCGAGAAGCGGCAGAAGGUCGAAGAGGACGCACCGCAAGGUCAGCAGCCCUCGUCUCCGCACUACCCGGACCCACAUGCUUAUUGAAGGGCAGACGAGGGGUGAUGGGACGCCUUGAAUGACCGACGGCUCACGUGUUGAUACUGUGCUUACACCAUGGCAGGCGCCGACUAC